AUGAGCUCUGAUGAAAACUACAGCGUCUUCCGAGAAUGUCUCUCGAGCGCAAUAGUCGCGCGAUCCGAAAAGCCCAAGUCCAGCAAACGACGGCCUAAAGCGAAGCGCAAUGGCCGCAAAGAAGAGCCAUCGGAGAUUGAUUCGGGACUACCAGACCGCGUAGAUCCCGAAGAACUAGUUGACUUUGUGGAUGUGCGCAGCCUUAAAAUUCAUGAUCUCCUCCUAGCCUCGCCGCAGUUCAUCGCCGCCGAGACAUUCACUUCGUUCCCAGAACCACUCAGAACGCUGAGUUACGCCGCAAUUCAGCACGACGAGCAGAUCGCAUCGCGCUACGUGCCUGCGGACGCCGAAACACCGCUCGAUCGACGGGUGCUCGAAGCGCUAUGCGCCACCAUCCCAGGGACAGUACCCGACACACUCGCGACGUACGGGUUGAUCCCCGACGCGAACGAUCUUUCCGACUUCUUCUCUCCAAUCAUCAGUGAGUACGCGACCAGUGUGACUAGUGCGCCGCCAGUCUGGAGUGCGACUCGAACCGACGCCUGCGAAAUUUGCGAUCGUGACUGGAUUCCUCUAUCUUAUCACCAUCUCAUUCCGCGAUCUGUUCAUGCCAAGGUCCUGAAGAGGGGGUGGCAUGACGAGUGGACGCUGAAUAGCGUCGCGUGGUUGUGUCGCGCAUGUCACAGCUUUGUGCAUCGGAUGACGAGCAAUGAGGAGCUUGCCAGGGAGUAUUACACAGUCGACCGCAUAUUGGAACGCGAAGAUGUACAGGACUGGGCGAAAUGGGUCAGUCGGGUGAGGUGGAAGGCCAAAUGA